AUAAAUCAGAAAAUAAAUAAAUAAAUAACAAUAUUGGUGGAUGUCAGGAAAUUAUUGUGUAAGAAACGUCUUAUCCAACCCCAUGUUAAUAGUGCCAGCCUGAAAAACACGCAAAAAUAUUUAAAUAAAAAUGAAAAAAAACCCCAUCAUCUCUUGAGAAAAAUAGGAAAAAAGACAAACAUGAUCCCAAACACAGAAAUCUCAUAACAUAUUUAGAGAGUGUGUGACGAACCUAUCUAUCUCUCCAUUACUGUCUCUCUCUCUCUCUCUGAAGAAAGAACGGGUUUUUAGUUGGUUGGUUACGUUUCUUUCUCCUUCAAAACUCUCUCUUUUAUUAUUUGUUUACCCAUUUCUCUCUACGCGCCAACAGAAUCUUCCUACGCUUUGUUUUCUUCGUCUUCUUCUCCGUUUUCUUUUUAAUUUCCCGGAUUGAAUCUGAUUCUGGAGAUCCUCCUACCCAUUUGGUUUGAUCUGUCUGCUGCUGUAUCAUCAUUGCUCUUUGUGAGGAUCAUUGUGAUCUAAAGCUUCAAUCUUUCUCGCUGGAGGACCGUGGGUGUGAUUGUACAGUAGUUGGUCUGGAGUGCCUUAUUAAUAUAAUCAGGGCCCUUAGAAUGGGGUCCUGUUUAUCUGCUGAGAGCAGGAGUCCCAGACCGGGAUCUCCUUGCUCUCCUGGUUUUGGUGUGAAGAAGAGGAAGAACUCUAAGAAGAGACUUGGUUCCAGGAACUCUUCCUUUGAUUCUAAGAGAGAAGAUCCGUUGCAUAGGGUUCCAGGUCGGAUGUACUUGAAUGGAUCAAGUGAGGCUGCUUGUAUCUUCACUCAACAAGGCAAGAAAGGGCCUAAUCAAGAUGCCAUGGUUGUUUGGGAGAAUUUUGGGUCUAGGACAGAUACAGUCUUCUGUGGAGUGUUUGAUGGGCAUGGUCCAUAUGGUCAUAUGGUUGCAAAGAGAGUCAGAGACAAUCUUCCUCUCAAAUUAAGUUCUUAUUGGGAAGCAAAAGUACCGGUUGAAGGUGCUGUAAAGACGAUCACCACCGUUAAUAGUGCCAGCAACUCUGAAGAUGCUGCUGCGGCUUCUUUUGUAUCUGCUGAGGAAGAACCUAUGCCAUCCGUUGAUAUGGCGGAAGAGGAGAACACAGAAGAGUCACAGUCUGAGUUGUUUCAGACUCUGAAAGAGGCGUUUCUUAAGGCUUUCAAAGUUAUGGACAGAGAACUUAAAUUCCAUAGAAGUGUUGACUGUUUCUGUAGUGGGACAACGGCUGUGACUUUGAUCAAGCAGGGUGAGUAUCUCGUUGUUGGAAAUGUUGGGGACUCCAGAGCUGUGAUGGGCACAAGAAACGGUGAAAAUGCACUUGUUGCUGUUCAACUAACUGUGGAUCUCAAGCCAAAUCUCCCAGCUGAGGCAGAGAGGAUAAAGAAGUGUCGUGGACGUGUGUUUGCGCUUAGAGAUGAACCUGAAGUUUGUAGAGUUUGGCUGCCAAACUGUGACUCACCUGGACUUGCAAUGGCACGUGCUUUUGGAGACUUUUGUCUUAAAGAUUUUGGUUUAAUCUCUGUACCUGAUGUAUCGUUCCGUAGAUUAACCGAAAAAGAUGAGUUUAUAGUGUUGGCUUCAGAUGGGAUUUGGGAUGUUCUCUCAAACGAAGAGGUAGUGGCGAUUGUGGCUUCAGCACCAUCACGUUCUGCUGCAGCAAGAGCUUUAGUCGAGUCUGCGGUUAGAGCUUGGAGAUACAAAUACCCUACCUCCAAAGUCGAUGACUGUGCUGCGGUUUGCUUGUAUUUAGACUCCAACAACACAAACGUUAUAUCGUCAGCUUCUUCCAUCUCCAAACUUGAUGAUGAAGACUUAGAAGAGCUAAAAACCGAGAAUGACGAUGCAUCAGGACCAAGCGGUCUAGGACGUUCGAGUACUGUCAAGACUGGGAAAGAGAUUGCUCUUGACGAAAGCGAAGCUGAAAAGCUGAUCAAAGAAGAGGAUUCAGAACAUGGAACAGAGUACUCUGCAUUAGAAGGUGUUGCAAGGGUUAAUACACUUUUAAACUUGCCAAGAUUUGUGCCUGGAAAGUGAAAAGAGAAAGAAGAGUUUGAAGUGUAGAAGAAGAAGUUGAGAGUCCACAAAACAUAAUCAAAUAAAUCAUCCAGGAAAGGUACUGUGUCUUUUUUUUUUAACACCUUUCUACAUUGAUCUCUUAUUCUUUUUUGUUUCUUUGAGUCGACAUUCAUUGGUUUUGGAACAUAAACUUGUCUCAGUUUUGUUUUUUUUUUUGUCUUUCUUUCUUGUUAAUGUUUUUGGCUUUGUCAGUAAAGAAAGUGAAA